AUGACGACGCAGGAGCUUGCGAUGGACGGGGAAAAGCAUUUGGAAGAAACUAUUGAAGCGGCUUUUCAGAUAAUUUCGGCCAUGAACGAUGAGCUUUGCAAUCCUUCCUUGUGGUCAACAUCGGCCACUCCGAGUUCCGCUGCUCAGACGACGACGGGUUCUAACGGCGCGGCUCUCGUUUCCUCCGACGUGGCUGCCAUUGAUGGAGCACCGCAUAAUUCGGAAUCCGGUGGUGGUGGUAGCGGCGGAGGAAGUGGAAAUAGUGCUCUGGAUGAAGCUAGUCUUCGCUAUAAGAACUCCGUGACUUCGCUUCGUGCUGUUCUUGCUGCGAUUCCCAAUUCACAGAAGGCAAAAGCAUCUGAAAUGGACAAUGGUUCAGAAUCUCCUGAAAGUGAAGAAGAAAUCGAAAAGUUGGAGGAGCAAGCCUCAAGUCUCAGAAAGGAAAUUGCAAAGAAGAAUGUUCAUGUCAAAGAACUUAUCGACAAAUUUCGAGAUCUUAUAGCAGAUAUCUCUACAUGGCAGAGCCCUUGUUCUGUUUGA